AUGGCGGAGAAUAAGCGCCAGAGUUCGGGCGCAAAGGGAUCCCAGGGUUCAUCUGGUAGUGCGACAGGAGCAAGUAUGGCGACGAGUAUGGUUCCUUUGGAGGCUGCGCUGAGCAGCGCGAUCGGUUCUCGUGUUCGCAUCACCACCGCCGCGCCCAAUGCGUCUACCUUUGAAGGCUUGCUGUUCACUGCAUGCCCCAUCACCAACCUUGUCGCUAUCAACACCUCACCUACGCCUCCCUCGGGGGAUUCGAAGCAGGCUCAGAGCGGAGACUACGAGGUGGUUCCAGUGUCGCGCAUCCAGUCCUUCCAACUAAUCACCCUCCCGUCAUCCAAUUCUUCUGAGUCGCCCUCUUUCACCGAUGCACAGCCUGCGAUUCAGGCACUCGAUACCCGGGCCCUGAAGGCACGUGAGGCCAAGGCGAUUGGCGAGGCUCUUGACCGCGAGGCGCGUCGUGGCAAGGGCGUUACCCGUGAGGCUCAGGACAUCUUCGACGCCUUCAGUCGGACCAUGCCUGCCCAUUGGAAUGGGCAAAAUAUUGUGGUCGCGGAUGCGGUGACCAUUGCCCCUCCCUACCGCGUUGACGAUUGUCGCCCCUUGGUUGAGGGUGACACCGCUGCGCUUGCUCGGGUCCGCAAGGUGCUCGAAAUGGAGCGAAAGAAGAUCGAGCUUCGCAACGCCAGUGCUACGAUCGGAUCGACAAGUACGUUCUCUCGUAACGCGGGUGAUCAGCGCAAGGGUGGAUAA